AUGCAGACUUGGGUAAAGCAAGGCGGCAUGAAGAACGUGCCACUCUUGCUGCUGCCAACGCGGUAUCGACAGGUUGUAUGUAUGUCGUGUUUCGCUCGGAGUCUGGACCACGCAAGGCAAAUCUUUUCCUCCAAGACUGAGAGACCACUCUACAAUGGGCAACGGAUUAAGUUCGAAGUGAGUGGAAGUGGUUCGGAGCCAGAAAGCGUGCUGUGGCACAACUUCAGCAAAGCCCAGGGAGUGCCAUGUCGAGCUGCCCUAUCAGUGUUGGCCAUUGCUGGCUCUAUCGUGCUUUGGGGCCUUCUUUUCUAUUUCCCUUUUGCCAUCUAUGAAGCCUGGUCCUACUCGGCUUUGGGUGCCGCGUCCGACACCACCACCGAAAUGAUCUUCAGCAUGUUGGUGGUGGCUGGAAAUCAGAUUCUGUACCUGCUUUGCGAGAAAGCAUCUCGAUUCAUUUGCUUUCGCUUUGUCGGCCAUCAGCUCACUGCAUACAUUUGGCUCUACACGAUGGCUCUGUUGUGCAACUUGGCAAUGGAUUUGGUGAUCCUUUUCUACACCACCCAGCUGGCCAUGGCCAAUUUGGGCCUUGAGAUAACUACAGCCACUUUCCUGAUGGGCACUGAUGAGGUGACAACCUUCCCAAUGAGGGCCAAGUUGGGAGCACGGCUGAAGUCCUACAACUUCCCAGCUUGCUUCUUCUUGCCUUUCCUGUUCGAAGCCCUGUUCACAGUGGUGAUACCAUAUCACAUCUACAAGACGUUGGUCGGUUCUCAGCCCAUCAGACAGAGAGCGGCCGAUGGUUUCUUAAUGCCAGCUCCCUUUGACAUGUCGCGAUAUGCGGACGUGGUGCUCAACAUGACGCAAGCAACGAUGUCCCUGUUCUUCAGCCCAGGUUAUGUCCUGCCGACUUUGGGCGGAAUGCUGUUUGGCCACAUUUUUGUGUAUGCAUGGGAUCACUACAGGGUGCUUCGGCAUGUUCGCAAAUUUAGAAUCACUUCAUUCGGAACUGAAAAGGCUGCUGAGCGAAUGCUUGCCCUGCCCGGUGCCAGUUUGAUUGCUGGGACCGUGCUCCAAACUUUCCAGGCGCAGUGA